UAUUGUUCUUCAAUGGCAAUUUUUAUCAAAAUUUAAUUUUUUUUGUCAUACAUAUUCCUGUUUGGAUUUUACUUAUUAUUAUAGAUUAGACUUAUUCACAAACAAUCUUUAUAUUUAUUAAAAUUAGUUGAAAAAUAAACCUGUAUUUACUCUAUGUGUAAACUAUAGGUACAGUUUUUGUGAAGAAUGAUUACAGUACACAAGUGUAUGAAUAGUAAACAAAGAAAUAUUUUGAAAUCUCUCGUGAUGUUAUGAAAUGAAAAAUAAUAAAAUUAAAAAAUAAUGUUAUUAUUACUUUAAUGAAUAUUAAUACUGUUAAUCUUCGUAGAUAAAUUGUUUAUAUUAGUAAACAAUUAACAAAAUGGCUUCUGGCAAAGGAAUAAUUAAUUUAAGAUUUAACCAAGAUCAAGGUUGUUUUACAUGUUGUAUGGAAUCAGGAUUGAGAAUAUAUAACGUUGAACCUUUAGUAGAAAAGGCUCAUUUUGAUCAUGAUGUUAUGGGGAGUAUAGCUAUUGGAGAAAUGUUAUGGAGGACUAAUAUAAUAGCAGUAGUUGGUGGUGGUACGAAGCCAAAAUUUGCUGACAACACAGUGUUGAUUUAUGAUGAUUUAUCUAAAAAGUUUGUGAUGGAAAUCACAUUCACUAGUCCUAUCAAAGCAGUUAGAUUUCGAAGAGACAAAUUAAUUGUCGCAUUACAAAGGGAAAUUCAUGUAUUUUCAUUUCCAUUUCCUACAAGAAGACUUUUAACUCUAGAAACGCGUGAUAACCCUAAAGGUUUAGUUGAAGUGGCAACAUUAGCUACUGCUCAUAAACAAUUGCUUGCCUUUCCUGGGCAUAAAUUAGGUAGCGUUCAACUUGUUGAUUUAGCAGCUACAGAAGCUGGUAGUUCUUCUGCUCCUGCUACACUUGCUGCACAUCAAGGAGCAUUAGCAUGUUUAGCUGUUAACUCGAAUGGAACUAUGGUGGCAACUGCAUCAGUACAAGGAACACUUGUCCGAGUAUGGGAUAGUAUAAGACGACAAUUAUUAGUUGAAUUGAGACGUGGAGCUGAUCCAGCCACUCUUUACUGUAUAACGUUCAGUAGAGAUUCAGAAUUUCUUUGUGUAUCUAGUGAUAAAGGCACUGUUCAUAUUUUUGCACUCAAAGAUACUCGACUUAAUCGUCGAUCAACAUUUUCAAAGAUGGGAUUUCUCGGUAAUUAUGUCGAAAGUCAAUGGGCUUUAGCUACAUUUACUGUUCCCCCAGAAUGUGCAUGUGUUUGUGCAUUUGGAUCUCGGAAUUCAGUCAUCGCUGUCUGUGUAGAUGGUACAUUUCAUAAAUACGUAUUUACAUCCGAAGGUAAUUGUAACCGAGAAGCAUUUGAUGUUUUUCUUGAUGUUUGUGAUGAUGAUGAAUAUUAGUAUAUAAGGAAAAAUAACAUCUAAUAACAAUUGAAAUACGUUUAUU